UUGGCUGCCCUUUAGAGCACAUGACUCUGAAACAGCCACUGCGCUCUGUCCAUCCCCAAUGUAAACAUACGGAAUACAGCGAUAUUACAGGAUAAAGUUUAACAAUGUCGUUACGAGGCGUUUUGAAGCUUAGUCUCCGCUCAAAUUUUGGGUUAUUGUACUCACUUACCCCAGCAAGCAGAGUUGGUGUGAAAACAGCAGGUACUCACACCAGACACAGCAGCAGCAGCAGCAGUUCAGAGCUCAUCAGCCGGUAUCCAGUGCCAAACAAGAAGAACCUGCCUUUUGAUAUUGUGGAGCUGAUGGAGGAGGUUGAACAGAAGGGAGGGUUUUUGCCCAAUGUCUUCAAGGUUCUCGCCCAUCGUCCUGCUGAAUUUCGGGCUUUCUUCUCUUACUAUAAUGCCCUUAUGAACAAGGAAAGUGGUGCUCUGUCAAAAGCGGACCGGGAACUGAUUGUGGUUGCAACCAGUGCUCACAAUCACUGCUUGUAUUGUGUGGUAUCCCAUAGUGCAUUGCACCGCAUCUAUUCCAAAAAGCCCAUGCUGGCUGAUCAGGUUGCAGUUAAUUACAAGGUUGCAGAGCUGAGCGCCCGUGAGAAGGCCAUGCUGGACUUUGCUCUGACAGUCUGCAGGAGUGAAACAGUAACUGAAGAACAUCUCAGCACCCUGGAGGCUCAUGGUUUUGACCGAGAGGAUAUUUGGGACAUUGCUGCCAUUGCUGCCUUCUUUGCUCUGUCCAACCGCAUGGCCCAUCUGACUGACAUGAGACCUAACGCAGAGUUUUACAACAUGGGGAGAGUGCCGAGAGACAAAGCAAAAGCCUCUGAUGGGCAGGUCAAGGACGAAUAGACUCAUAUCAGACUUUAGAUUAAAGUUAUAUUUUUUUAUAACACCAAAUCCUUCAAAACUGUCAAAUAAUCAUGAAGAGAUGAUUGUUAAAACACUGUUUUGCAAAAUAUCACCCAAAGUUCCUUCUCUAACCCUUUCACUAAUGUUUGCACAUUUAGCUUUUAAGCUUCUUUGAAUACUCUUCACACUGAGAAAUUCAUCCUUGUGGCCUUUUCGUUUGCUUAAAUUUGUUAGUCUUUGUGUAUUUAUUAAAAAGAGAGAGAUCUGAAUAUCCACUUGCACAAAUGCAUUCACAAAUCACUAUAACAUACAGCUGUGAGCAGGGUUAUUGCUAUCUAAAAACUAAAACCAUAACAAAACAUUUUAAUCAUUCGAAAUGAACAUUACCUGAAAUAAAAUAAAAUGAGAUAUAUAAACUUUAACUUAUUUUAUUGUUUUCAUUUAGUUUGACUUGAAGUACUGAAGUAACAAUCUAAAUUACCUCAAAUUAAAAACUGUGUACCCUAUACAUAUUUAAAAACAACAAAAAUGAAACUUAACUAAAACUUGAAUUAAAAUUAAAACGAAAACAUAAAUUCAAAAUAUUAACAAUAAAUAUAAUAGUAUCUCAGUGAUAGUAAAAUAACAUUGGUUGUAAAGACAUACAUUUUUUGAAUGACUCUCUUUUGCAAUCAGAUAAUCACCUAAUUUAUAAGUUAUGUGAACAUUUGUUACUGAUAUUAUUAGCUGCAUUUAAGUUUAUUAGUUUAACUGAAUAAUAGAGCUGCGGAUCAGGCCAGCAAACCUUUUGAGAAUUAUUUUUACCAUCUUAAGCGCUGAGAUGAAGUGUUAAUGUGGAUAUGCAGUGCUUUGUUUUCUCUGAGCAUUACACUGUUUAACUGUUGUGGGUUUCAAUAGGUCUUCUGAAAUAUUUUUAAACAAGCCAUGCUGUAUCUGAAAUGAUUUCUGUUGUCAUGAGCUGGAAACAUCACAUUUGCAUGCAGCCAAACUUGAAUAUAAAAAGUGAAACCUGUUAGUCUGUUUUCAAGAGAUUGUCAUUUUAGAGGUUAAUAAAUAAUCAAUUUAUAACUUGUGCAAA